GCGUGCGUACAAUGUGUGUGUACAUGCGUGCGUACAUGCGUCUGUACGAAGCCGUAUACAUGCGUGUGACAUGCGUGCGUACGUAUGCACGUACAUGUGUGCGUGCGUGUGUGCGUUAUUUGUUCAUUUGUUCAUAUCUUGCAUGACCCGCGAAGUGUGUACUUUACAGGCGUAUCGUGUAUCGUGCACGUUACGCCGAGUGACCGAAUCGUUACUUCUCUUUAUCCCAUUUUCUUAUUCUCUCUUUCGGAUUCUCCAUCCGUCUCUCUCUUUUUUUAUCUCUAACCUAACUUAACCUUCCUUCCUCGGCUCGAGCGCUCGGUAAAUUAAAUCGUGGCACACGCGACAAAUUAUCUGUAUUCCUCAUCAAAUGGAAUUCCGCACCGGCCACUCGGACCAUGGCCUCUUCUAACCGUGGCAUCCAGAUUGGCUCCGGCUGGUUCCAGACCAAGAUUAAUCUUAGGCCGCAACAUCGGGGCGUUCACCUCGUUACCGAGGAAAUCCUUAGGCAGGUCCCCGAACUCUGUCAAUUUUCCAUUGGUCUCUGCCAUAUCCAGAUUCUCCAUACCUCAGCUAGUUUAGCAUUAAAUGAAAGCUGGGAUCCAGAUGUGAGAGAUGAUAUGGAAAUGAUGCUUAACAAAAUAGUUCCUGAAGGCUUAGAGUAUAGGCAUAGCUGCGAAGGACCAGACGAUAUGCCAGCACAUGUAAAAGCCUGUUUUCUGGGUUCAUCAUUAAGCAUCCCAAUCACCGAUGGCAAGCUGGCGCUAGGCACAUGGCAGGGUAUUUGGUUAGGUGAACAUCGUGAUCACGCUGGUAGCCGUAAGCUGGUGAUAACGUUGACUGGUGUCCUAAGGGAUUCGGCGCGUAGUCCCCUCAGUCCUGUUAGUCCUAUCGCUUCUACCAGCAGCUAGGACCACUCGCACCCCCGAAGGCGUAGCAAGCGUCAGCCGCGCGCGUCCAUCUCGAGCGACUCGAGCUAGCAGCCGCUUUAAGCCCUAGUCAACUUUUAAGAGUACAAUUUAUUGAGGAGAAGUGAGCCGGAUAUCUCGCGGACUUACUAUUGCCCGGAGAUAGCCAUCCAUGGUUAGUGAUUAACCAUGUCCUCAACGUUUCACGUUAAUCGUCAAAUGGACAAAUCAGGGAUCGCGCAUUGUUCAAGACUUCUGUGCGCACGUGUAUGUGUUUCAGAAUUUUAUUUGUGUCUCACAUCGUUCUAUGGAUAUUUUUUUUACACGUAUAACGAGCCGUUGGAGUUGUUGCAAAUGUUUUCUAGAAGUAUGAUAAGAUUUUGAAUCUGGAUAUUACCUCUUGCAACUUGGAAAUUCAGACUUCAAGUUAACUUUUUUGUAUAAAGUUGUGUAAGAGACUACGUUAAUAUAUAAAAAAAUUUUACAUCUCAUUUAAAGAUACAGAAAGUUGAAUUAUUUUAGAACGCUUUUUGUUUCAAAAAAAUUUUGAAAUCCGAGGAAAUUUCUCAUGGAAAUUAGAGACAUUGCAACAACUUGGAAUUCGUUUUUACAUUUCUUGUAUUUUUUCUGGUAUUUAUUUCUUUAAUUUGCAUUAAUCAUACUGGACAUCCGCGACAUACAAUAAUAAUAGUGUAGUAGGAAUAAUAAUAAAAAAAGACAAAUGGAUAGAAAAAGAUAGAGAAAGAGAGAAAUGAAAAAAAACUGCCACGGCAGAUGCGUGCAUUGCAUGCGUCUCAUGUAAACAAAACGAAUUAAACGCGAGUAUCCAGCACUCUUCCACCUCGCUCUUGAAGAGAAAAGAAAACAAAAGGCGAGGAAGAUAUGCUCUGAGGAGAGCAAUGGGGAAGAAAGAGAAAAGAACGAAUCUGUGCAUUCCAGUAACGCGUCCAAUACUCCGAAUUUAUGUAGUCUUAUUUAGGAGACUCUUUUGUAUUAAAAAAAAAAGUUAACGAAUAUGAGCAGUUGUGCAGGGACUCACAGUAUCCUUUUUUACACUGCUAUUCCAAAAUGAGAGACAAAGAGCUGAAAGAAGACGAGGAUUACAAGAAUAAGAGUAUAAGGUACGCGUUGCGAAACUUUCUGACUCGCCGCUUUAAAAACGAUUAGGAGCUAAAUUAAUUAAUCGCUCGUAAAUAAUGAUGUUUCCAUCGCAUUGGGGGUGUGUAUAUGUAUAUAAGGGGAAAAGACGAUAAUUCUCUACUUGUGCGCGUUUCCAUUAAAGCUAUAACGUAUGUUAUAUCAUGGGCACACAUAGCGCGAUUACAUCCUACGUAAAUUAUAACGCGUAAAUGCAGAAUAUAAAAAAAA